GUAACAACAAGAUGUCGAUUUCAGUUGUCAAGUACGAUGUGAGACACGAUGUGCUUGAGGGUUGGCUCGAGCAACAAUUCGGCCCCCAGAUAACCGCAGAUGGAUCCCAGGUGUGGUCUGCCAAGCCCAUUGCCUCCGGUCACAGUAGCUGGUGGAGUGUCACUGCGCCUCGCGGAAUCACAAAAGAUGAGACAGACGAGCUCAAAUUACGAUCUCUACCAAAAAAAAGAACGCCAUUUGGAGUCAGAAGGAGUUGAUGGUCGGUACACCUAGCAGAUCAUUCAUCCUGUGCGGGUGGUCAACACAUAUUAG